UUAGGGAGGAAAACAGCGCUUAAAACCCUGAAAAAACCCCAUUUUUGCUCAGCGAAAAAAUCAAAAACCCAUUUGGAUUUUACAUCUUCAGGCUUCGAUUAAUGGAGGACAAACACAAAUUUAAAGACAGUAGUCAAGUGUCUGUGUCAUCUUUCCUCAAUAACAACAAAAACAACACUCAGUUCUUCGUAUGGAAGGAGUUCUUGUUCGGAGCAGCUGCGGGGGGAUUUGGUGAAGGGAUGAUGCAUCCAAUUGAUACUAUAAAGACGCGGAUGCAGAGUCAAGCUAUACUUAGCGAAGCCAAGCCUGCAAAGAGUAUCUUGGAGAUGGUUCGGAAAGUCUGGGCUGUUGAUGGAUAUAGAGGGCUCUAUAGAGGAGUAACUCCUGCACUAACAGGAUCCCUCGCAACUGGGGCAACAUAUUUUGGUGUCAUUGAGUCCACUAAAAAGUGGAUCGAAGAAUUGCAUCCGAACCUCGGGGGUCAUUGGGCAUACUUCAUUGCUGGAGGAGCUGGAGAUACACUUGGAUCUUUUAUCUAUGUACCAUGUGAAGUGGUGAAACAGCGUAUGCAGGUACAAGGCACCAAAAAGUCUUGGAGUUCUAUGGCCAUGAAAGAAAAUGUCUGCCAGAAAUCUGGAGGACAAAUGUAUGUGUAUUACUCCGGCAUAUUUCAGGCAGGCUCCUCAAUUUGGAAACAACAAGGUCUGCGGGGGUUAUACGCUGGAUAUUGGUCUACUCUUGCAAGAGAUGUCCCAUUUGCUGGUCUUAUGGUUACAUUUUAUGAAUCCCUGAGGGAUUUUGCUGAAUAUGGGAAGCAAAGAUGGUUACCUAACUCAGAUAUUCAACCUAGUAAUUCUGUUGAGGGGUUACUACUAGGGGGCUUGGCCGGUGGUUUUAGUGCAUAUCUCACUACCCCGCUUGAUGUCAUUAAAACAAGACUUCAAGUACAAGGUCCAAUUGUGAGGUAUAAAGGCUGGUUGGAUGCGGUUACUAGGAUUUGGAUGAUUGAAGGUGGAAGGGGUUUGUUUAGAGGCAGUGUACCUAGAGUCAUAUGGUAUGUUCCAGCCUCUGCUCUCACAUUCAUGGCGGUAGAAUUCCUCAGAGAUACUUUCGGAACUGAAGUAGACAGCAACGAAGUUACAAAUUUGUCAAUAGAUAAAACAAGUACAACCUUACCGGAGGUGGCCUAGAAAACCUUUCUUACCCUAACCAAUUUCUAUACAAAGGUCUGUUGUCAUACCUCUCUGUAUCAUAUUGAAUCUUACAUCUUUCUUUGCAAUCCCAAUUUCCUGCCCUUUUUGGCCAUCUCAGAUGAGUCAAAUGAGUUAACCACAUCCAAAUAAGAGGCAUCGUCAGUUUUUAGAGAAUUGCCUCUGAUUACCACUAGCAAUGCUGAAUGAGAAGUUAACGAAAUCUUGGAUUCUGUUCGUACCAUUUGUGUAAAUUGAUCAAUUUCCACUUCAUCUUACUAGCGGAGUAAGGCAUUUCGUUCUUCCACACUAGUAUUUAUCAGAGAAAACAUUGGAUGCAAAAUCAGGAAAGCGAAGUCUUUUGUUAUGGUUUACAUUUCUGUCUAGAGUCAUAUUUAAACAUCUGAUAAUGAAUCUGUGUAUAUAUACUUAGCUGGGGUAAACUUUGGCGUCAUUUUAUCUCCCUGUGAUUUCUUAGCCACGGUGUGUACUUCAUUAAGUUAUUUUCUUGUAAUGUCUUUUGAUUCUUAGAAGCAAGAAACCACUAACGACCCCGAACUUGAACGUAGUCUUUUUGAUUUGGACAGGGGACAAACUCCCCACCAUCAGUAGUUUGGUGCAUAGAGUUCAACAGACACGAAUUCAAAUUAUUAGUCCAGGAGAUUAUCUGUUACA